CACAGGAUGUAUUCUGGCAACAGUGUCGUGGUGGUUUUGUUUACAUGAGUGUCAGAGAGGCUGUCCCAGACAUUUCAAACUGAUGGGUGAUGUCGGUGAAGAUGACUUGGAAGUUAUACGCACAAUUCUGGUGGAAGUACAGCUUGCACAGUUUUUCACCAGGAUACGUGAUGACCUGCAGGUUACAAGGCUAAGCCACUUUGAGUAUGUUCAUACUGAAGACUUGGAGCGCAUUGGUCUUGGCAAACCUGCAGCCAGAAGACUGUUGGAGACUGUCAAGAAGAAGCGUGCUGCAGCUUGGAGAAAAAAUUUGGUGUCAAAGAUCUUAUCUACUGGCGGAUCCCCGUCAAGUAAGCACCGAUCACCUCCAUCAAGGACAAAUGACACUUUACCAUCUAGCCUCACCUGUCUCAUUCAGGAGAAGGACAUUGUUCAAGGACGGAAAUUAGGUGAUGGGAGCUUUGGUGUAGUAAGAAGUGGAGAAUGGACCACUGCAAAUGGACAGAUAAAAGAGGUUGCUGUCAAAAUACUGAAGCAGGAUGUCAUCCAUGUUCCUGGUGCCCUUGAUGACUUUAUACGUGAGGUUCAGGCGAUGCAUCAGCUGUCUCAUCCUAACCUCAUACAAUUGUUUGGGAUAGUCCUUUCCAAUCCGCUGAUGAUGGUGACAGAGAUUGCCCCCCUUGGCUCCUUGCUAGACCACCUUCGCAAGCAGGCAGCACAUGUUCCCAUCACAAAUGUGUGGAUGUAUGCUGUGACACUCUGGGAAACUUUCACCUUUGGGGAGGACCCAUGGGUGGGCUUGAAUGGACAACAGAUCCUGAGAAAGAUUGACCAGGAGGGAGAGCGCCUCAUAUGUCCUCCUGCAUGUCCUGGUGAUUUAUAUGACCUUAUGUUGCAGUGCUGGUCUCAUGAUCCUGGUGAACGUCCAACAUUCUCCCAAAUCUAUGAGCGUGUUGCAGGAAUUAUGCCAAUUGUUAUGAAAGCUCAGCAGCCAUGGGAUGAAGAGGGGAGACUGAAGGUGGAAGUUGGAGACCUCAUUGCAGUGAUAGAUGGCAUGCCUGAACAUUAUUGGUGGAAGGGCCAGAAUCAGAGAACCUUUCAAAUUGGAGACUUUCCACGCUGCAUUGGGGACCCUCAAAGAAGACUUGCUAAUCAAGACAUAAGCAAACCUCUUCGUAACUCCUUCAUACACACAGGUCAUGGUGGAGUCUCGGGGAAGACAUGGGGGAGUCCUGCAUUUAUCGAUGACAUGUAUCUCAGAAAUCCCAUGGAACCUCCAGAUAAACAUGGAAAACCCAUGUCUCCACGCAGAGUUAGUAAGUAAAGAAUUAAGCACCGUAUUUGGUGUACAGGAAACAGGGUGAGGUGGAGAGUACAGAACAGUAGUUGUUCAAAGCAAGAACAUAAGAUCCACUACACAGACAUGCAGCUUGUUUGUGAACAUAUAUGUUUUAUGUUGUAUUCAUUUUUUCUGUCAGUAGAUCUGAUUUAGAGUAUGUUGGAUAUUCAUUUAUUAUGUGUAGCUUGUAGAAUAUUGUGUUUAUUUAGAUCUGAGUAUGACUUUCCAUGUAGUUCUUAUAACCUUUAGUAAAGUGAAAUGUUAAGUAACUCUCACAGCUGUAGAUAGUAUAGUACUUUUUGAGAUAUAUUCCAAACUCGCCAGAUUACAUGAUUGAUUGUUCUAGAGUUCACCAAACUUUUUCCCUAACUGGGUAGGGGUUAUGGCUCUAUAUCACUUUUAUGUAUGCACAACUGCUGCUUCCUAUCAAACAUGACACUGCUUGGAU